AGCCUUCCAUGCCUAAUUGGUCUUCGGAAGAUACCCCUACGCUACCCAACGAUGAGGUUAAAGGUGAUGAUCUGCGAAUAUUCCUCCAGCUUCACGUCGAGUCUUUGCUUUAAUAAACUGGAGAACACUCCCCGCAGCUACAUGCAUGCAACGUUGCCAAAACUGGCUGCGGAGCAACACUGACAGCUCAACACUGACAACUUUUUGCAUCAUGACUUUCUCCUUAAAACAGGCGCUUCGGCGCAUGAGAAAUGCACCAGAGCAAGCUCAACAAAUCUCAACAUGCGAUCAUUCUGGCUCCUAACUUCCUUGGCCGCCAUACUCGGCCCGGCGGCCUCUGCCGACACCGCGCCGUUCACAUACAACAGGACUGACUUUCUUCUCCAUGGGAAGCCCUACCAAAUGAUUGGGGGGCAGAUGGACCCCCAACGAAUUCCGAAUGAAUACUGGAGAGAUCGGCUGUCCAUGGCACGAGCAAUGGGUCUCAAUACGAUUUUCUCUUACAUCUUCUGGAAUGAUAUUGAGCCGUCCCCCGGAACCUGGGACUUUACCGGUCAGAAUGAUAUCAAGAAAUACUUUCAGAUCGCCCAAGAAGAGGGUCUCAAUAUCGUUUUGAGACCUGGUCCGUACAUCUGCGGAGAACGUGAAUGGGGUGGAUUCCCGGCAUGGCUCAGUGAGGUACCCGGCAUGGCCGUCCGUACCAACAACAAGCCAUUCCUAGAUGCGUCCAAGGCAUACCUCGAACAUCUUGCUGAGGAAGUAGCACCGCUCCAAGUCACCAAUGGCGGGCCCAUCCUUAUGGUACAGGUCGAGAAUGAGUACGGUUCAUUCGGCAAUGACCACAUUUACGUCGCUGCCUUGAGAGAUAUGCUAAAAUCUCAGUACGAGGUCCCACUCUAUACAAACGAUGGUGGUGGUGAAUCAUAUCUUGCGGGAGGCCAGAUCACUGGCGUUCUUGCAGAGACUGACGGCGACCCAAAGACUGGAUUUGAAGCUAGAGAUAAAUUUGUCACCGACCCAACUAGCCUCGGACCCCAACUGGACGGAGAAUACUAUGUCACAUGGAUUGAUACUUGGGGCAGCAACAGCACACACAACACAAACGAUGGGAACGCCGCGGCGUUGAAGUCGAUCCAAGAUGACGUUGCCUGGGUGUUAACUAACAAAUCGUCUAUCAGCAUUUACAUGUUUCACGGAGGCACAAACAUGGGUUUCCAGAACGCCGGUCUAUGGAUCGAUAAUGCAUUGUCUGCAGUAACAUCCAGCUACGAUUAUGGCGCCCCCCUUGAUGAGAGUGGUCGCCCGACUGAUGCUUACCAUGCCAUACGAGAGACAAUCAUUGCGCACCUAGGCGACAAUUCCACGGUGCCAGAUAUCCCAGUGAAGAGCCCAAUGAUUGAUAUCCCGACGUUUCAACUCAAACCAUCAGUGGCUCUGUUUGACGCGCUGCCAGAACCUGCUCGUCAACAGAAUCCCACCAAUAUGGAGGCUCUUGGCCAAUCAUAUGGAUUUAUUAUGUACAGGCACAAGGUCAAUACCGCAGUUAAGGGGUCUCUUAAGCCGGGUGAUGUUCCAAGAGAUCGUGUCCUGGUUUAUGUUAACGGGGAGCGCGUUGGGGUUGUUGAUCGUAUCUACAUGGUACCAGCCACCGUUACGCUUGACCUCAAGGCUGGGGACGUUCUUGAGCUACUUGUCGAGAACAUGGGUCGCAUUGAUUAUGGCCCGGCACUCGUCGAGCAACGCAAGGGCGUAGUCGGAAACGUUACUAUCGGAGACAACGUUCUGCUUGACUGGGUGACAUAUCCCCUAGCUCUCGAGCAACCACCUGCUCCACAAGCCAAGUAUCGCGGCCCAGCACCCUCAGCUACCUCAACCCCAAUCUUCUAUACGGGAUCCUUCGAUGUCGAAACUAUUGGUGACACAUUCCUUGAGCUGCCAGGCUGGGUGAAGGGAAACGUAUGGGUCAAUGGUGUCAAUCUCGGUCGCUACUGGAUUAUUGGCCCGCAGCAGUCGCUCUAUCUCCCAGGCUGCUACUUGAAGAAUAAAGGCAACCAAAUUACUGUGCUCGCCCUCGAGCCUCUUGCAGAAGCCACAAGCGCGGUUGGUAUCUCAAAGCGAGUCUGGGGUAACAACCCCGAUCCUGAUGCUCCAUAAAUGGAUGAUCAGAUCAGACCAUCGUUCCGCGUUGACCACUUGGCGAGCCAAUAGAAUGGUGACUAUUGCAUGAUAUAAAAUGCAUUCU